AUGCAAGAACCGCGCGGCGAUCUUUUUGUAGGGGACAUCGACUUUGCAGACUUUCAAAAUGUUGCAGAGUCUGAAACAAUCUCUCCGGGCAUUCUGCAGACAUCAACUGCCCCUCCAAAAAUCGGUAAUCGCUUUUCUUCCGAGUCUGUCAAGAUCUUGAGGAAUUGGUUCGCCGCGCAUGAAAGGCAUCCGUAUCCUACCAUCCAAGAUGUUCAGGAUCUUCAAGAGCAGACUAGUCUGAAUCGACAGCAGGUCACAAAUUGGUUUGCGAAUGCGAGACGAAGAGCAAAGGUUCACUUAUCACGACCGACUUCGCCAAUGUUUCGGAAUGAUGAUUCGGGGAACUCUUCAGGCCAUCAUACGCCAAUUGAUACACCUCGUCGACGUGCGACCCCUGCGCCAUUCGAACAUAUGAAUCCGCUUCAGCGAUGGGCGAAUUCACCACCAGAACAUGAGGCUGCAACUGUUGAUGACAUCUCUAGAGCUGUUGCUGCUUUCUCAACUCGACAGGGAAGAUCACGAAGCCAUGGGUCUUCAAUAAGCAGUAGAGGGACUUCAGUGUCAAGUCAUGACUCUGGUUCUUACAGUUCUGCCCAUUCAAGACAAUCAUCGACGUCAUUUGACAUUUUCAAACGGCACAGUCGAAGACGACGAACAAAGAUGAGAAAAGAAGUCAGGACAAAUCUCCUCCAAGCGCAGAAUACAUAUCAGUGUACUUUCUGCACGGAGACCUUUAAAACAAAGUACGAUUGGCAGCGUCACGAAAAGUCUCUUCAUUUAUCGCUGGAAAACUGGGUUUGUUCACCAAAAGGACCUACGGCGAUACAUCCAGAAGAGGGGCUUCUUUGUGUAUUCUGUGGCGUCAAGAAUCCCGACAAAACGCAUCUGGAUGGACAUAAUCAGAGUGCCUGUAUCGAAAGACCCAUUGAAGAACGAACAUAUCAUCGAAAAGACCACCUACAGCAACAUUUGAGAUUAGUUCACAUGUCCAAGUUUCUCAAGUGGCCGAUGGAUGAUUGGAAAGUCAUGACGCAGGAGGUCAAAUCAAAAUGUGGAUUUUGUGGCAUUAAUCUUACGACUUGGGCUAGCAGAGUCGAUCAUUUGGCGGAUCAUUUCAAAGCUGGGAGUACCAUGGAGCAUUGGAAGGGCGAUUGGGGGUUUGAGGGGAAGGUCAUUGAGAGGAUUGACAACGCAAUGCCUCCUUACCUCAUUCACCACGAACGAAACUCUCCUCUUCCAUUUGCAGCCACAAAAGGUCCUGCAGAUACACCAACAAGUGCAUACGAACUCAUCAAACUUGAACUAGAGUAUUACAUGCGAAAUCGGCAUCAACACAUAAUGCCACCAGAUCCUGAACUUCACUUUGAAGCAUGUUCAGUAAUUCUCGGAGCAGAAAUAUCAUCCCCAAACCCAGCAUCGUUAUCUCCCUCGUGGUUAUGGGACAUCUUCAUGUCAGCUGCUGAAAUCGCCAACCACGCUAGACUUCGACCAACGAAGCAAUUAGCAGAGGGACGUCUAAGUCAGUUAAAGAUCAACGGAAAGGGAAAUAUCUUUGAGAAUUGUGAGCUGGAGGCGGCGCUGCAACAGUAUAUGACUGCUCAUACUUCUAUGGGGCAUUUCCCAACGGAUUCCGAACUACAGCAAGAGGCGUGUAAUGUUUUGAAUCGGACAGAGACUUCUUCGCCGAAUCCGUCCAGGAGGUUUUUGGACUUUUUGAUGAGGCUUGUUUGGAGUUCGACGCUUUGGUUGGAACCCUUCCGACAGAGGGCCGAAACUCUUGUGGCUUUGGCGAAUGAGUCUGUUAAUGAUUCGUAUUUUCUAUGGGGUCAGACAGAUACUGCCGUGCCUUUGGAUGCUUCAAUGGAGCUGGAUAUGUUGCAGCCUUGGGUCGAGAAUCGAUCUCUGUCUCCAGAAGGAGUACCGGAAAUACCAGCGAUUUCAAUGCACAGCACGUCAGAAUCAAGGGCACUGAUACGAGAUAAAGUACGAACAGCAACACCAUUCUUUAUCAACGAUAAUAACAGUUAUCGUCGAUUGAAGCGGGAGUUAUCACGAUUCGUCAUGACGACAAUGUCUCCCAACAAUCCAAACCGUCAUAUCCCAAGCGAUGAUGAACUCAAGUAUCAAGCACGAUGGAUAUUAUACGACGAGUACGUUCCCCAAUACGUAAAGUUCAUUGACUAA